GACAUUAUUUAUUGAGGAAGAAAGAAGUAGGAUAGCAAGCAAAGCAAGUCAUAGUUUUGACAUCUUGCCCUCUCGAUUAUUAAUACACCAACACUCCUCCCGCUGACUCUCUACAAUCUGACAAUUUCUCUUCCCCACCGACACAUUGCCCCAUAACAUAAGCCACCCAAAUCGAAACAUAAGCUUUAAAACUCCUCCUUCUCCACCCUAUACGAACACCCAAUAUACCACUCUAUUCUCUUCCAUGGCUGCCUCUUCUAACACCACCACCACCACCACCACCACCAAGCACCAACCCGCACACCCAACCUCACCCAAUACCACCUUCGUCCAAGCCGACCCUUCCACCUUCCGCACCAUAGUUCAGCAGCUCACAGGCGCCCCCGACGACCCUUCAGCUCAAAAGCUCCCUCUCACACACCCAGCUCGGCCAGGCGCUGCCACCGACAUGGGCCCUAAGAAGCCUGUUUUCAAGCUCCACGAACGUAGACAAGCCAUGAAAAAGCUCGAAAUCAAGCUGAACAGCAACAACAUUGGCAAAAGCGAAUGGCCUUCGGAUUUCUUGUUCGUCAGACAAAGAGGGUUCUUGGUUUCGCCGGUUUCGACGUUGGACUUCUGGCCGCGCGUGAGCCCGACGUCGCGCGGCGGAAGUGAGAGCUCGAGGUCCCCAUUUGAGGAAGAAGAGAGAGCUAUUGCGGAGAAGGGAUUUUAUCUGCAUCCGAGCCCUCUGAGUACGCCUAGAGGAGGAGCUGAGCCUGAGUUGUUGCCUUUGUUCCCUUUACAUUCUCGUAAGGAAAGUGAGCAUAAUUAUGAUGAUAAUUCUUCCUCCAAAUGAUUUGUUUAUUAAGAAUUAGAUGAGAUUUUUAAUGGAUUUUAGUGUUAAUUAUUUUCAGUUUUCUUUAAGCAGUUUUAAAGUUUUUAACCUUUUAGGAGCUAACAGAAAAUCAGAAAUGGCUGCUGAUGCUUUGUCUGCCUAACAUAUUGCUUACGCGCUCCCUUUGCGCUGGCUUCGGCACAAAUGGAUGCAGUGUGCAGCUGAUAUGAUGGCUUUUCUUUCUAAAUUAUUACUGCGACUUAAAGAUUCCAUUUUCUUUGCUUUUCCUGUAUAUUUCUUUCUCAAUAACAGCCCAUUUACUUAUUUUUA